AUGGCGAUCUCUGCAACGGAUACUCUGCGGGUCCAGCUGCACGAAAACCCUGGUCAAUGCCUCGGCUUCUCCGCCCUCCUUCCAUUCCUGGGUGCCCCCCUGCUGAUAGCGGUGACCCAGUCCUACCUCCCCAAGGUGGCCUACUCCCAGGUGGUCUAUGGGGCCUCCAUCAUGUCCUUCCUGGGCGGGGCCCGCUGGGGCUUUUCCCUGCCUAAGGGAAGCCCUGCCCCAGACUGGAUGAACCUGGGCAACAGUGUGGUGCCCUCCCUGCUGGCCUGGCUGGCUCUGCACUGCAGGGACAAUAUCGCAGAGGGAGCCCUGGUGGUCAUCAUGGGGCUGUGCCUGGCCCUGCACAACAAUCAAACUCUGCUGCCUGGCUACCCCAGCUGGUUGAAAGCCUUGGAAACCAUACUUACUCUGGUAAGAAACCUUUCCCUGGAUGCCACAUUGACACUGAAGGAGAUGUGCCCGGAAAAGAAGAUCAAGACAGUUGACUAGGUAAUGGUGGCUAGGGGAUACUCACUCAGAGUUUACACUUGAGAGCUAAAGUAUCUCAAGAAGACAAGUGAAUGAAUAGUGGAACACAGAUCAGGGUCUUGUUCAGUAGGAGUUAACAGGAGAAAAUGGAGGUGGUGCAACAUUGUUUAAAACAAAAAAAAUACAUUUUCACAUAUGGAUUUAAUUUUAAUCAAUGUGUUAUUCAUGACACAUCUGUUCCUCAACAGGUGAGAAUUGAAAUAUAAAUUUACUUUAAUCUAGUGCCGUUGCUGAAUGAAGGUGAUACAAGCUACAGUAUUUUCAAACAAAGGGACAUUUCUCAGUGUUUUUGGAAUGGUGAGUACUGACUAAAAAAGGCACUGAUAUUU